AUGAAGCGCAAUUGGAUUAGAACGGAUCGGUUAUGGUGCCUGUUUCUGAGUGAGUACCUAUGCAUAUACUUAUUGAAUACUUAACGCCAUCGACGAGUUGAGACGUAGUCGUCUGACGUUUUGUUAUUAUUUUGUUAAUACGCUUUGAUAACGGGGUAUCGUGAUUUUUCACGCGGUGUUGAAGCGAUAUUGCUGCAUUUAAAAAAAAAAAAAAAAAAAAACAUUGUUGGCAAGUUACUUAUUGUAUAAUUGUAUUUCAAUGCCAUCACUCUCUUUCAAUUGGUUCAUAUCUAGUAAUAACCAAAUAAAUUGCUUUUUUAUUGAUCACAAGUUAGCAAGUACCUACUUUAAAUACAGUUACUCGACUAAUACUAUUAUAAAAAACUACAAAAAAAAACUCAGAAUUAAUAGUAUCAAUAUAAAAAAUAAUCAAAUAGUGUGCUUAAAAUUUAAAAUGUUUCAUAGUAAAUAAAAAAAUAAAAUAAAGAAAAUUGGUAUAACUGUCACUCAUUCGGCUACUAAAAUUGAAUGACUUGCCCACUGCUAAAAAGUCUGUUCGUCGUUUGCAUAAUUUUUCAACGCGUUCACACCAUUAUAAUAAAUAAUACAAUCAUAACUGAUGUAUAAUGACGUAAAAAAUGGCAUUACAUAAAACUGUAAUAAUAAUAUUUACAACGUAAUUUCACGUUUUUAGACUUCAAUACUAUAUCGUAUUAUAUUAUUGUAGCCCCAAUUGCUCUAUUUCUUAACUACUUAUGUACGGACUCAUCAGCAUUUUUCAAAGCUUAAAAAUAAUAAAGUAGAUAUAGGAAUACAAUUAGUAUGGGUGUGAAUUUGACGCAUUAAAAUUUUUUGAAAAAAAAGCACUUACAAAGUACUUGCAAUCAGAAAAGCAGCAUUUUAGGAGAUGAUCGAGAAGGGAGGAUCUAUAAAGUAAUUUAAUUAAGUAAUAUCUGUACGCAACGAUCAACUAUUACUAAUAAAAAAUGGUUCUGAGCAGAAUAUUAUUUGCGGUAUUUUUUCCCUUAUUGCUAAGUAACCUAGAAAUCAAACACAAAUGUACAAACAAAUCGCCAUCGAUGAGUUCAUAUAAAGUUUUUAAUGCUAACAAGAUUUCUAGUAGAAAAGUAAAAAAGCACAUCAUAUAGUAAAAUCGUUUCUUUUUUUGCUCCAUCCAGAAUUUAAAUAAAUUACGGAGUUUUAAAAAUAGUGACUUUCCAAACAAUAAUAUGCGUUAAAUGGUUUAAAAAUUGCUCAGAAUUGAAUUUGAAAUAUAUAAAUCGUCGAGGAGAGGAUUUAAGGAUGCACAAAAGCUGUAAUAUAGUAGAAUGGCUAAAUUGAAUGCAGACUAAUCUAGUGAUGGAAUAAAAAUGAUAUAGUAGUGUUUAAAUGUAGCGCUAUGCGGACAUUGAUUUUUCCGUAGGUCCGUCGUUUAAGAAAAUAUACAUAUAUACUGAUAAUUUACAAUUAUUUAUCGUUGAAAAACGAACCUUGAUUAUGCUAUCUGUAUAGUAGCACAUUUAGUUUCUUAUGUCGAAGUAAAAAAAAAUGUAUUUUCAACACCCUUAUACGCAUAGUGUACAAUUACGUAGGUGUCCGUUUUAAGUUUUAAUUAAACUGAAGUAUCGUUGGACCAUAUACAGCGACUGUGUUUUUAUGCUUUGUCAGCUUAAAAAUUUAAUGCCGGUGAUCAAUCUGUUAUGACAUUUUUACCGGUACUGCAGUGGGCCGUUUCGACUUUCCAAACGGAGAGUUUUUUUUUUCACCGUUUUAUUAUUAUGAACGUAAACACAUUUGUUUUGAAAAUUAUUAACUGUACUUACGAAAACUCGUCGCAUCGGUUACUUAUGUACUAUAGGUAUAUAAAAUUGUACAGUUUUUUUUUUUUUUUAACCGUUUACAAUAUUUGGAAUUAUCCGUGCGUGUGUAGGAAAUACAAAACAACGUUGCGUAUGUAUUUUGUUAAUUCCACGGAAAGUUAUCCAAUCCAUGCCGUGAAAAUCAUUUGUUUACAUACAAUUAUAAUUAUUAAUCCUAAUAAAAUUUGACGUAGUAAAAUUUGCUAUCGUUAUUUUACUAAAAGCCGUCAUCAUAUUAUUAUUAUUAUGUGAACUGCAUAAAAUAUAUCAUAUAGUGAUAUGUGUAUAAAUAUAUACAUACGUAUCGGUUUUGUUAAAUUUCAUAUUACAUAAGAUAUUUGUACUUUUAUCACACAUUACCGUGGAUUGUACAUAUUCUGAAGUUUCAUUUUUUCUAUUCUUUGGUAAUUAGAUAAUAAAUUCUUUAAUUUCUAAAAAUUUGUUUAUAUACAAACCAUAUAAUAUAUAAUAAUAUAUUAUAUGGUUUUGCUACUGAUACUAAAAAUUAUUUUCGUAAUCGAUUCGCGUUACAGCACAGUUAUUAUUUUGUGGGCACGGUAAACACGAAAUAUAUAUAUUGAUUCAAUGUUUGUCCGUGCAGCGUGUUACGAGGGGCAUCAUAAGUUGUUCUCGGUGAUAUAAAAAAUAAAAUAAAAUAAACUAUUGCUGAUACUAAUAAUGGAUUAGCCACUGUUCCCGUAGUGACAUUAGAAGGGAAGUACACUCUAUAGUUUAUAAUAUAGACUCUAUAUCGAGUAAUUUGUGUACAUUUUGUAAUACGAUAAACCAUCACUGACAAAAAACGAUUUUAAAUAAUACCCUGUAAUCGUAUUUUCCCUUGUUGACAAGGUAACCUUGAAAUCAACAAAAAUUAUGCAUAUUAUUGCCAGUAUUUUCAUUUAUUAUGAGACGUAAAAAGAAAAACAAAUAUUUUCUUCUUAAAUGUACCAGCUAGAUGAAAACAAAAAUAUGUAAUAAUUUUGUUUUGUAUUCAUAAAUGUUUAAAAUUCAAAUUUUGAAAAUAAUUGUCAUAACAAAAAUAAAAAUAAUCGCAAAUAAAUUGUUCAAAACCAAGCCCGGAUUAAGAGGGGGUCCAGGGAGAGCCAUGGUUCCCGGGCCGCCAAACUCCCAGAGCCUCAGUUUUUUUUCACUCAGUUUCAAUUUAUGUAUGAAUUUAACCUUUAACUAGGUACAUUGACAUUUUAAUAUUUUUUAGUAGCCUGAUCAUGAAUUAUUCGUAUUAUUAUAAAGUUGAAACUACUAUACUAACUUUAUCCAAAAUUAUAUAUUUAUUUGUUUAAAUAAUACUUGUGGCUUUUCAAUUGAGAUUUAUAUGAUGUUAUGCUUUUUUUAUUAUUUUUCUUUUGUUAAAACAUAUUGAUUAGUAAACAUUUAAAUAAUAUUUGGCCCCGGGGCCUCUAAAUAUCUUUAUCCGUGCUUGUUCAAAACAACUUUAACCAAACUUUUUGAUUACGACGAAAGAUGUAGAUGUAAAAUAGGAGUUAUUAAAAUAAUAGCUUUAAUAAAGGCAACUACUCGAGGUAUUGAAAUAAUACGAUUGCUUUUGAUGGAAAAAAUCCGUAUUCGUUAUAAUAUACAACGACAGUAUUAACUAACCGAAACAUUUUUUAAUGAAAAAAAAAAAACAUAAUAAAAAUUGAACUGUAAACACUACACUUAGUAUCUGAAAUAAUAUCUUUCGUGCAAAUUUAAUUUGAUAUUAUGAUUAUUCGUAAAAAUUGAAAUUUCUAUCGAUUUCGUGCCGUGCAUUUUACCGUAUUUGAAAAGUAAUUUAUUUAUUCAUGACUAUAAUUUCAAAUAUAAAUAAUGAUAUACAAACACUAAACAGUCAUUAUUUAUCUAUAAUAUAAAUUAUAAUGAAUACGUCGUUUAAUGAUAGAUCUCUAUAGUUUUUACUUUAUUAUUAAAAAACCGUUGUAACGAUAUAUAGUUAUAGUAGGUAUUUAUUUAUCUUCUUUCGUAAUUACGUAUAUUAUAAUAUAUACGGUACACAAUGAUUAUAACCUUUCUAAUAAUGUUAUAUUGAUGUUUAAAUGAAUUUCGUUGGGAAUAUCGUCACUUGAUGACGUCCUCGAUAACCCCCUCGGGAUAAAAACCUACUCAUCGAGUGCCUAUUCAGAAUACGACUGAACAUUAACGCGUUAAAAAGUUAAAAUGCAUGUUAAACUUUUAACAUUACUUAUUCAUUUGAAUAGGUAUGUAGAUAACAAACGCGAAAAUUCUUGUUCCGUUCGACUUUCGGUUUUUCCGUCUAGUUAAUAGGUUAAGGUACUUAACUGAGUUAGGAAGACGACACAUCGCGCACUUGUUGUUUUAGUCUUAAAGACGAACACGACAUAGCAAACUUUCGUUAAUCAGGGCCAAUAUUAAGGAAAUCGGCCUUUUCAUCAAACCCAAAGAUGAGAAAUUAAUAUGUUUCCUUACGUCAGUGUUUCUUCGAUGUUCCAAUGUUUACGCGAAUCACGCAUGUAUGCGAAAUAUCUCAAUUCAAAAACCUAUACGAGUAUUCGUUAUUAACUCGUCUAAUAACCGUGUCCCGCACACUCGUCUGAAGUGCGUUUAAUAAUAUGAGAUAAUUCGACACAAUUUAUUUUACCGCGAUUGGCGCGUUUCAAUAAAACCGAAAACAAAAUGUAGGCAAACGGAGACAGCAAAUCGUACAAUAUUUUAUCGCGGAUAUUCAAAUGGGUAACAACAAAAAAUAUAAUGAUUCGAUUACGAAGGUCGUGUGCACCGAGACUGUGACAGGAGUAAAGACAUACCCAUACUACAAACGAUUACUUCGAUUAUUUUUUUUUUUUCUCGCAGACGUAUUAUUUGUAAUUCAACAAUUUCAACAGCGACAGCGUCCGGUAAUAUAGGUAUAUAUACUCGUAUUAUAGUAUAGUGUUUAUCAAACAAAGAAUUUACAAAAUAAUAUAAUACAUAAAAAAAACAACCGCGAGAAAAUACUAGUUUAUUGCGCCGACGGAACCGAGACACAACACAGAAACACGUCCGAUUAUUAUUAUAUUAUUAUAUUAGACACAAUAGGAGUGGUGUUUUUUUUUUUUUUUUUUUAAUUCUAUGUAUCUGUGUAAAAAGUUGCACGGCCAGAUGUCAUUAACGUCAAGUUGUCUUGUCUGUUUAUAAGCUUUCGAAAAAUAUACGAUCGAACGACAUUGACCGUCGGAAAUUACCCCCGGUAUUCUCGUCGUCGUCGUCGUCCGUAUUAUUUCUCCUUUCCGUUUUUUCUCUGGCGUUUUCUAAACAAGUCGGCUUUUUUUUUCAAAUUGCUCUAAUCAAUAUUAAAACACUUCAUCACGCUAUCACCCGUAUUAUAUUAUACUUAUGUUCGCGUUCGCCGUUCACAGCGAAUAUUGACAAUUUUUUUUAUAUAUAUAUAUAUAUACAAAAACAAUCACGAAAUAAUAAUGACCGAGUCUCUAAUAAUAUAUUAUACGAUAUAUUUAAUUUUCAAAAACCGAUAAACCGAAAAUUUCGAAAAAAAACCCGCUAAGAACUGUCAAAAAACUAAUAAAUUUACCGCCAUUUCUACGACUUAUAAUGUAUUUCGCAUUAAAUAUGUCUAUUUGGUCAAACAAUUUUAUUCACAUAAAAUCAAAUGAAACCUAAACUUAUUAGAAAAUGUCAUACGUCUCAAAAAUCAGAAUGUUUUGAACGCAUGAAAAGAUCUAAAAAAGCCUAAUAUAGGUAUUUUAUAAAAACGACAGAUUCCUACGGUUAUUUUUUACCGAAUUAUAACAAGAAAAUAAACUUUAAUAUUAUGAAAUCAUUAUUAUGCCAUUAUAUUUCCCGUUUUUUCUAAAUUAUUAAAAAAAAAAGUACACGGAAAAUCAAAAUCCGACUCUCCAGUGAACUAUAGACAACACGAUUGAUGUUGAUAAUCGGAACAAUAUUUCUGGUAGAAAAAUAAUCACACGUCAUAGGGUAAAACCAAUAAUUUCCUCAGAAAUUAAAUACAAAUCAAAUACUAAUAAAAAAAUGUAUAAUUUAUAAUAAUAACUGAUACUAUAAUAUUUAUAUUUUACUUUUAUAAACCUAACCUAACAAAACCUACAAAAACACGUAUAAUAUUUUUCAAAAGAAAAUAAACGACCCGUGGUUUUUUCUUUGAUGAUUUCCCACCGAGGCGGCGCCGUCUUCUUUAUAGUAUACAUAUAUAUGUGUAUAGGUAGGUAUUAUUAUUUUCGUUUUAACGGGAGAGCUAAAAGAAAGAAAAUUGAAAUAAACCUGCGACCACUACCUAUAGGCAAAAUAUUAUAACUUUCUCACAAACGACAUUAAUCAGUCAUCUGCGCGGGUAUUUAUUGUCUCGUAAAAUAUUAUUAUUGUUAUUAUAUUGUGAUCGAACAAACUGAUGGGUAGAUACUAUGUACGAAAUCGAAUAGUUUCUUAUUGUUUCUCGAACGAGCGUUAACGACGCGUUUUCUAAAAAUAAUAAUCGAAAAAACAAAAUUGUAACGGACAGCCGAUAGUCGUUGUGAACUGCAUGCUGCAUCCGCGGCGCGGCGGUCUUGCACGUCACGAUCACACGAUCGAAUUAAAUCUGUCGUGAAAAGAUGGGAAAAAAAACCGGUAAAAAUAAAUAAUACACACUGCAGCCGGUAACGAGUAUAUAAUAUAAUAAUAAUCAAUUAAAAAAAAAAAAAAACCACGAGGAACGUCGAAAGUCGAAUCAUUAUUAUAUUAUAUACUUACGCAUAUUACGCGAUUGAAGAGGAUACGCGACCUUGACACGGUUGAUGCGCAUUUAUACCGAUCCCCGAUCUUUCUUUCGAUUUAUUGUGCGGCGUUGCGACGUUUUGACCGAACGACAUGCACCGUUACCCCCCCGGAUUUGCGCGUGUGUGUAAAUGCCCGUACGUAUCUUUAUAUGUGUAUGUAUAGUGAAUUACAGUAAUUAUUAUUAAAAUUACGUUGCGGAAUCGGCCGAUCGUGUGUACUAAAAAAAAAAAAAAAAACCAUCUCGUGCAGUAGCCGCCGGGGUUUUAUAUAUCUGUUUUUUAGCAUCUUUUCAUCGUCAAGGCCGCGAGGCGAACGUCGACCCCUCCGCCCCCCGGUCCAUCGCCGUAAACGCGCGCGCCACCGCCGUUUACAAGAUACGCGUAUAAUAUUAUGUAGAAUUUAUGAAAAGACUUAACAGUGCAAUAUUAAUUUGCAACGCACACUCAUCGGGUCGAUUUUAAUCUAUACGGUUGUCAAGCACAGACACUGCAUGAUUGCACGGGAGUGCAAUAAGUGCAAGAGUGUAAAUGCAAGAAAGGAGAGUGGGAAAUCAGAACAAGAGUAAAACAAAACGACGUGGAAUUAUAGACCGAUGAGUCGAGUCCCACAGAUCAGGAAUUCCGUCGGUAAUCCGGACGCAGCGAGUACUUGCGUAUGUAGUGGUUUGUUUUUUAUCGGAUUCGCUCUGAAAAUAGAGAUUUUUGCGCUAUACCUAUCUUUUUCUCGAGGCUUUUGUACAUUUCUAGCGGCUCUUCCUGAACCGAAAAGAACUCAAACUCGAUAUUUAGAGUUGUUUUAUUGGCGGAUGUAGUUAUAAGAAUAGGGAUGAAUUUUAAUCAGAAUUUCGUGGUAAUUUGAGAAGUGUAAAAGAUGUUUUAUAGCUGUAAAUCGUCCUCAAGCCUGUGUAGCUUAAUAAAUUAAUUGAAUUUACGUCAAGAACGAGCUAUUUGAGGGUUAUAAUUUUCAAGAUUCUCAAAUGAGCAGUGGUCCAUCAUAGUUGUCUAACCUAUUUAUUUACAGUUAACCGAACUCGGCACACCACUCAGAAUCAUUUUUCGUAUGCAAUUGUAGCGUUCGUAAGCACUAUAGUAUAAAACAAAUUACUCUAUGCAUGAUAUAUUUAUCGAUUCUCUACUGCUUACACAAUUAGCAUGGCCAAGGUGCGAAACAUGUCCGAAUUUUUUUUUUUUAUAAAUCCGGAAUAAACACAGGUAGUAUAGGAAUAAAAAUUCAACAAUAAUGUACAGUAGGUGACCAAACAUCGACCGUCCCCGCGCACCACUACCGUCACGAGUCAUUUAUUCGGCUGCAAUUGUCAAUCUGAAAUUUAUUUGAUUACCAUUACCGUGGUCUGAGGCCACGUUUCUAUAACAUUAUAGUACUAUGAUGAUCACUCGGUCUGUGCGGGGGUUAGAAAUAGGACCGCAUAAUUUCUUUCGUUGUCACCGCAGAGCCCCACAACAACGAAAACUCGAAUAAUAUGCUUUCACUGGUUUUCAUUUUCGGUUUUUUUUUGUUUUUUUUUUAUGCUUAUACGCGUUUCUACCGACUCACGCCCGAUUGAAAUAAACCAAAGUCGGAUGAACAUCAUGUGUAAGCCGACAUUGAGGAUAUCGGAAAAUUGGAUAUUUUCUAGGAAACUGUCUAUUGUUUGGAAUAUAAAAAAAACAUUUGAAAAAAUCCGAUUCAAAAGUGUAAUUUCUAUACUAAGUAUAUUUUUAUACUUAGUAUAUUUAAAUUUGAACACUAAACACCACUAUGUAUUUAAUUAUAAAAUUGAUUUGUCCGGAACCUUAAGACAAAAGCCUUUUCAAAAUGGAAUUUUUAUUGCACCCGGAAUUUUCGAAUGCGGGUCAUAUUUUGUACCGGGUGAAACUCAUGCACUUAUUGGUCACAACGCGAUCGUUAAUCACACUACACCCAUCAUAUUGUAUUUUUGUUGUCGUGUCUCGGUGUUUGCUGUACCUAUAUGCUAUUUUUUUUACGAACGAACCGGCUUCACUAUCGAAAGCCUUAAUUUUCUUUACAUUGUAUAUUAUACAUUAUUAGAAUAUUGCAUUUCACGCGUACAACUCUCCCUUUGGCGCACGCGUAUUGUCAUUAGCUGCGUGGAUUUGAAUCGAACGCGUUUGAAAUACUUGGGCAUCUAUAAUACUUUUGUUCCUUUCUAGUUGCCAUCACAAUGGUUGUUUUCCAUAUAUCGAUCGAAUCGGCCAAUAAUGAUAAUAAUUAUAACAUCGGCGAUACUAUUAACGGUAUUAUUCUAUCAUCGCGGCGCGCAUUGCUCGACAAAUGACAAUAAUGGUAAUAAUAAUUUUCUCGAUCGCCCGGAAGAAAGUAUAGGUAAGUACAAAUCAGUAGGCCGUAGCCGUUUAAUAUCGUCUGCAGUGGCGCCGAGCAACGUUUUAAGAAGAUGGGCGGACAAAAACCUGUGUAAACCACCGUCCUCGUUUACAAAACAAACUCCAAUACAACACUCUUAAUUAAUAUUCUAUACGUACCGAUUCGGUGAAAAAUAUGGUUCAGGUACCCAUCGUGGGCUCCACUACCAUUCACCCGUUGAAAGAAGGAUGGUGAUCGCCACCCUUGACUGCUUUCUUUGGCGCCACUGAUCGUCUUCCAAUGAAAAUUCUCGCCCCUCGACACAAACUAUACUAAUUCGAAACAUUAUACGUGUAUAAUUUUAUGUGAGAAAUUCGUUAGCAAUCAGCGGCCGAUCGAUAAAUAGCAGCUAAAAACGUAUUGACCUCGACCGAUUGAACAUAAUAUUCCAUUUUGUCUGAGGUACCUAUUUUAUUCCGCGAGCGAUAAUGUCUUCGAUUUAUUUCAAACGGGUCCCGACAGAAAAUAUACAAAUUUACCGUAAUAUUUUCUAUCGUGCAUAUAUACUUACCUAUAACAUGAGAUGACUCGUAAAAAACAAAAAAAAAAAUGCAACACGUGACCAACGCAGUACUUUCUUUGCACGAGUGUCGGAGUGUACAAUACACGAGAGGUUUACGGUCGGCGUAUUGAAAAACGAAUAUUGUUAAAUAUUAUAAUGAUUAUAUGUUGGCCGUGUGGUUUUGAACAUUUAUCAAAAUGUAUAUUUUUAUUUUCUGAUUGCUACGGGUUUUUUUUUUUUUUAAUUUUCCCCAAAAAUCUUUUUCCGCUACUUUUGGACACUUUUAGCGGCUCUCUCUGGCCCAAAACUUGGGAAUUAUAGUGGUUUUUUGAAGGCGGAUUUAAGUGAUCAAAAGUUGCAUCAAAUUUCACCUUUGAUGUUUUUUUUAACUUUUAACAACCUCCUAUGUAGAUUACAUCAAACAAAGUCAGGGUAAUACAAUUUUAUAUAUACGCAUGGCGUUAGUAUAUCAAGAACGUACUUUUUGAGAGUUUCAACUUUUAACGCCCAUACCUAACAUUUUAGACUCUUAGCAGAGCAAGGAUAUAUUGGUUUUAUAAUGAUUUUUAAUUUAUUUUAAUUUUUCUAUGAACAACUUUUCUACCAGAAAUUUUGUUCCGAUUUUCUAAGCACUUUUUCUGAAUGAAAAUUUAACUGGAAUGGUAUUUUAAGUAGGUCAUUUUUUGAUUUUCCCAGGGAUUUUCACAACAAAUGGAAAAACCAGGAAAAUGUAUGAAAUGUAUUAUUUUCUAAUCGUAAAUAUUAUUAUGUCCUUUUAAAAACAUAUAUAAUCGAACUCGAAAUCGUUUUUUUUUUUAGCAAAGAUUAAUGAUCAAAUUUUACUGUUUUCGUUUUUUUUUUUUUUAAAAGUAGUAUACUAUUAAUGAGUUUAGUAUUGUAUUAUUAUGAUUUACAGUAUUCGGGGGUUUUCUCCCCCUGAACAGUUAUGUGCGUAAACCGCAUGGGCGGAAAUCAAGGGGCCUCUCCAGAAGUUUAAACUACUCCCCAGCCUUAAAAAUUUUAAAGGGCCUAAAUAUACAAUAAUUGUUAAAAUCCAAUUGAUUGAAUAUUAAUCCUCACCACCAGUAAUUUCAUCGAAUUUCCGCCCAGUGACCCGUCACCGACCGAAUGUUAUGAUAAUAUUAUAACGUAAUGCAAUAAUAAUGUUUAGAGAAUAAUCCUUUCUACACCGGUCGUCGCAAUUAUAAUAUCGUGUUCGCGCUCGUAUACGGUAAUUUAUACGCGCCGCACGGAGAAUAUAAAAAAAAAAAAAAAAAAUGAUCGUUUUGAAUCCGCGAAUACCCGCGCCGCAUACUGUCCGGACGAUUUAUGGCAUUUCCGUCGUCGUCGUACCGCGAGUGUAAUUUAUCGCGGCGUUCCGAUUAUUGUUAUUACUCGCGGGCUCGCGCGCCGACACCCGUCUCGUACCUACACGUACACCUAACAGCUGCCCCCGUUAACACCGCGACCGUUAAGCCCGCGUUCGUUUAUCACGUCUUAUUAGAAAAUAAAAUGUGUUUCCCGACCGGGAUCGACGGGUCGGACGCGUCUUAUUUGCCCCUCUUCCUUCGCAUUUCCCCCGCGCCGCAUUGCGUUCCGCGUGCGGAUCCCACGCGGCUAUCCGACCGACGACCGGCCGACGGGGUCAGCCGCUAUGUACGCACUUGCUGCUCUGGCCCUCGCCGGCAUCCCGAUCACCCCACCCCCCUCCUCCACCCGCCCGUGUAAACGCUGCUCCGGUUUAUGUUUCGCACGCCCUCGCCGUGUCCAAUCGUAUACCCACCCCGACGCGACCUCCGGCCUCCGACUUAUUCUCCGGCCUACUUUUUCCUCCGCGGCUCUCGUCUACGCGUCUUCAGAGAGACGGCUCGCCGGCCGUCCGGACGUGCGGGCGUAGGUUGUGCGCUCGACCGUUGCGCCAUCGUUCGUCUGCUCUCGCCCGUCCGGGACGUGAAUAUUCGAUCUGUGAGCUCCCGAGCGCAAAUUACAAAUGUCGGAACAAUAUGAACCACGGUUGACACGGGCAACCUCGAUCUCUCGUGGCGGUAACGGCAAUAGCCGAGUGACGCAGAGCCCGAGUGCGUCCGGCGCGUGGCGGUCGACAAUGCAGAAACAACACUAAAAACACGGACGCGACGAUAUUAUUGAGACCGGCCGCGGUCGGGGCUGGGCUACGCGAUCCGGUGGUUGUUGACACCCGGCCGUGGUUCCGGCUAGAGUGAUUUAUCGCGCUCGCAAACGCACGCGGUAUUCCACGCUGAAGUAUUACGGCUGGCAAAGUAAAAUACGGACGAAGAUGCGACGGAGUCGUUGAAACGCUGUACCGUUACAAAAGUUUAGACAUCGUCCGAUACCCGUGAAUCGUAAUUGUUUUUAGAUAAACGGCGGGAUUCUGGGAACGCGUGUUCGAAAGAACACUUCUGGUGGAAAAUCCGCAUCUUUUCAGGUGCGGAAUGGACGUUUCGAAGGAAUUUCACUCACCUAAAACGCGUGCAUAAGCAUUUUUAAAAUAAACCGCAAGUAAAAUUAACGUUGGACUACUGGGGUAUUUGAAGUUCCUGAAAAAUGCAGUUUUCGUCGCGUUUUCGAGUGAGGGUCGCGGGAUUUUCUUUAGUGCUGGGUCGCUUUCGCGGCGUUAUCGCAUAAUAAACUUACACGAUGACGAUCAUCGGACGCCAUCCGGAAUCUGUUGGUUUCGGUAAAAACGCAAAUAGCAAAUACACACCCACGCUCAUAUGAAUAGGUUCGUAGAUGAUAACGAAUCGCAUACAAUUAAAACGUCGCCUGAUUCGGAUUUACGCGCAUUUUUCAUUUUGUCAACCUGCAUUUCAUUUUCACCGCCCACGAAUCUCGCAGCGGCACUAUAGAUUCGCAUUCCACACAUUGUGACUGGUACAGUCACUAUUAUUAUUCGUGAUGUCGUCUCGCACCAUUUCAAAACGAUAUUAUUAUAACGAAUAAAGCGAUCUGUUAUUCGAUACGAAUCGAUAUUGUACGCACAUUUCCAAUCGACAUGAACAUCGAUAUCAUUGUCUUCGUGCGUAGUGUAUAGAAUUCGCAAAACCGAAACUUUCGUUCAAAUAACAUGGACGUUAUAUAUGAUAUUAUAGUUGUACGUCCAUCGUAAACGAUAGAUUAUAAGUAUAUAACACAUGUAUUAUGUAUAUAUUGAAAUGUUUAAAUUUAACACUAAGUUUAGAAAAAGUGUCAUAAAUAUGCAGACGAAUCCGGCCUUUUUAUAUACGAUUUAGGAGCACGACAAUUAGAGCUAGAGAUGUAAUAUACUAAAAUUAUGCUUUUACGUCCUGGAAAUUCGAAAUAAAGCACUAAAAAUGAAAGAAUAAAAUAGAAAUCUUGUCAAAAAGAACAAAUACGAAAUUACGUACAAUUUCGUGUUCUCGUUCAAAAAUACAUUUUAAAAUACAACGAAUUUGAAUCGGAACGAGAACCACAUACACGAACUUUGGGAAACAACGCAAAGUUCAUUACUGUAAUCCUUGCAUACAGCCCUAAUGAUAAUAUUACUCGCGAGUGCGAGCGGAACGAGACGGAUAUUAUAAUAUUUACUGUGCGUAGGAGUUUCUCGCAGUUUCCGAAUACGUAGCUUCGUGCGCUGAAUUAACGUUUGUUGUUUAUUAUUAUUAUUAGGUAAUUUUUUUUUUUUUUAAUAUUAUUCUCGGCGAUGACGUUACUGUGCAGAAAAAGAAAUCGUUUCCGUGAUUUUUCAAGUGCGAUGAUCAAUCGUAUAAUAGGCACGAGCCGCGCGAUUAGAUUAGCUAUAGUAUUAUGUGAUGUAUUGUUUUAAAUCCACAAUCGAUUAUUGUAUUAAAAAAGAAAGAAAAAAAAUGAUUAGAAUGAAACGUGGUUUAUUAUGUACACGGAAAUUUCAUUGAGAAAGAGGAAGCAAAGAGGAUCUGGAGAUGACUUAUAAUAAUCAUCAAUCCAUCAGAGGGAUGGUUUUCGGUAGCUAAUUUAGUAAUUGGUGCAUUUUUGUUUUUUUUUUUUUUUAAAUGUUCGAUUUACAUAGAUGACAUUUAUGCGUACGCUGUAUUUCUAACGAAAAACAAUUCUAAACAAAGUGUGGGCCAAUGUGUUUUGAUAAACUUAAAUUGAAAAUCACAUUAAUUUGUAAUAUUAUAAAAAAUAAUUUAUAAUUGUCCGUGUUUUUUGUUGUCUUACAAUUUUGAGCAUUUUUAUGUUAACAAAUUAGUUUAACCCACAUAAAACAAAAAAAAAAAAAAACUAUUUAAAAAUUCAAAUUAAUAUUAAUAACACAAAAUCACGAACUUUUUUUCUAAAUUCUUCACCGUAUAUAAAUAGUGCUAAUAUGAAAACUCUGUAAAAGUUUCAAGUCUCUACGAUUGGUUAAAAUAAGUUUGUAAAGACGUUAUUGCUUGAAUAUUCCCGUUGUUCCCAAAUUAUUAAUUAACCAUAUGCAAUAGGAAAAUCAAAAAAGGCGGUUUUCGGGUCGAUUAAACACAAAUACGUCGGAGCGAGAUUUCUGGUACGGACAAGUUGUUUUCAGACAAAAAAAAAAAAAAAAACAACUCGUAUCACAAUAAAAGCAAAACCGAUGAUACGUUCCUCGUCGCUACGCUCAGAAUCCUAAACGAUUUUACAUUAUAUUCGUGUUUUUAGUCGUCCGACGUAAUGUAUUGUAAUUCACUUGUACAAACUUAUGUUAUUAUUAUCUACCUACGAGCGGGUUGAGAAAAGUCCGUGUUACACGAACGAUUCGUGUACAGUCCCGUAAUACGCGCAUUGCUGACCUAUAGAUCGUAUCGCCGUACGUUUAACCGUAGUCCGAAUUCGAAAUAAUAUUGUGUUGCAUUUCAAUCCCGUGUCCAUUGUGUUCGCGGUACGCGUUUAGAGACGGAAAUCGUAUUGGUAUGAGAUCGCUGUCGAGAUAGCCCAAACGAACAUAAUAAUGUUGUGUUGUAAUUUUAUUAUUCGACACAUAUACUGGCAGGAAACGCCGCGAGUACAUUAUUGUUAUUAUUAUAUUAUUAUGCAAAUACGACCUUGAUGCGAAUUCAAUAUUAUCCCGUCUGGGUUGUAGAAUAAUAAAAGCGCCAAAAAUACCGUGCAGUGUACACGGGAACACCGCGCACGUCAUAAUAAUAAUACUCGCGCGCCACUGUGGUGUUGGGUUUCAAGUCAACAAUCUGAUAUAAUCUAUUCGUUUGAAAAGUUCUAACUCCGCAACGGUAACAGAUCAUAAUAAUUGUUAAAAUAAUAACAAGUAACAAUCGUUUAGACGUCUCCACGGUAUAGGAGAAGUAAUAGUUCCCCUAAACUAACUCGACCAAUUUUUUCCACUUCUCGAAACUACCGCCGUAACGUCCAAAACAAUAGUGUCUAUUAGUAUUACUGUUGCCGUUGCAAUAAAUUAUAUAAUUCGAAUUUGGAACAGCGAUUUUUUUUUUUUUUUAAGGAUCAGCAAUAAAUUAUUAUUUAUUUUUUCUUUUUUUUUUAAUUAAACAGAAUAAUUGUGAUUCGAUUAUAUUAUGUCACGACGACGAUAGUAACAAUAUAAUUAUGUACGAGUUUAUGUAUAUAGAUGUCAUCAUCCGAUGAUUUUAUCACGAACCAACGAUUAUCUGCAGUAUACGAAGAUUUCGAGUAAAUUCGAUUUUUAUUGUUAUUUUUUUUUUUUUUUUUUUUUGAAGAUCGGUCAUUAUUUUAUUUACAGCGGGUUCGAAAUUUCACUAUUAUUCCCAUACAGCCAUAAACCGAUAUUAACUUUUGAUUUUCAAACACAUAACAGCCGCGUUUUUAAAAUAAUUGUUCAUUGUCUUCCAAAGCUUGCUGUUCGAUGCUAAUUAUGAUACUGGUUCGUUUCGCGUAUUUUCAAAUGAGAAUAAGAAAUAUAUUUUGCGUUUUUUUAUUUUUUUUACUUAAUUUAAGGGGUUUUAGGAGUUUUUGAGAUUUUCGGGUCCAAAAUCCGAAUUUAAAAUUUAAUUUUUAUUUAUGAUUAAACGCUACCGAGGUAUAUUUAUAACAAAUUAUUAAAUACUCGUUUUACAUUAUCGAACAAUAGUAUACGCGAAUCAUGUUAAGAGAAUUAAACAUUUUAUUUUGUAAUUUUUGAUUUUCGAGUAAUUAUUUUAUUUUUUUUUUUUUGAGUGCAUUAUUUCGAAUUUUUAAAAUAAAAAAUCGAUUCUAUUUGUUUGGGACGGUUUUUAUUUUAGUGGUUUUAAAGGACAUUACUUUCCCAGACCUAGUUAAUGCUAUCUAAAUAUACAUGGAUAUUAUAAUUUGUUCGUCAAUAUUCGUCUAUUCAAAACGAAACAUCAUCAUAUAUUGUUGGAAGGACAAUAAAUUUGGUUUAGUUAGGUUAGCAUUAAAUGUUAUUUUUUUUUCUUUUGUUAGCAAUACAUUUUUUAUAAUAGUACACCGAGACGUUUAUGCAGACAUGUUUAUAACGUUAAAUAUUUGAAAUCGAACACUGCAGCUUACUGUAUAAAUAGGUAUUUAAAAGUAAUCAUUUUUCGAAUUUUCCGACAGCUUUCAAAAAAAAAAAAAACCGCUUUUGAGAAAUCAAGAAAAAUAUACGUGAACGAAAAAGACGACAACUGACGCGAAGAAAACGUAUACUACGGUUUUAUAAUGACGAGAGUUUCACCGAUAAUAAUUAUAUUAUUGUUGUUUUGACGCUACGGUAGUCGAAUAAUUAAAAACUUGUACUAUAAUAACCAAAACUAGAUUGCAAAAAAAUGUUAAAACUAUAAUUAUAUUGAAUGAAAAACUGUUUCAAAUAACUUUUAAAAAUAUAUUAUUAUUCCCAUAGUUUUCAUUUGUUUGAGUUUUGAUUCGAUUAACCGUUUACUAUAUUGAACCCUACGGUCUGCUGCAAUAAUAUAAGAAUCAUUAGACAACGUAGCGCUGCAGCUGAAUGGGACGUGCUCAUUAGUCAUUAUUCUUAUUAAAACAUAAUUGCGAUACUUAUAUUACAAAUAACCAGUGGUGCAACCAGGAUUUAUUUUCAAAGGGGGCUUAAUGAAUUUGAAAAAAACUCGAUUUUGGAUGUUGUUUGUUGGGGUGAAGGGGUUAAUGUUAAGUUAGGUUUAUUAGUAAAACCUAUAAAUUGUAAACUUUCAUUUAUAGACAGCACAUAUCAGAAAACAAUUUGAACUCAUAUAGAUUAUGUUUUUAAAUAUACUUUACUCUCUGAAGUCAUAAUGUGAUAAUAAUAAUAAUUUCCAGCCUAAGAUUAAUUAUUCAAAUAGAGUGGUUCACCAUUUUAUCAAGCACUGAAUCGGGUUAGGUUAAAUGUCUGUACAUAUGUUUAAAUUGGCUAUUCCAUUAAGUCUCUGCUGUUCUGUAAUGUUUCUUAAAUAAGUUUCAAGCCUCCUGAGUUUAGAAAAUGAUCUUUGCUCUUCAGCACAGGUGAAUUUGGAAAAUUGUACGCUGUGUAUAGACACUCGAAUUAUUGAAUGCCACUUAAGUUUAAAAGUGUGUUCAUUUCCGUAAUAUUGAAUUAUGAUUUAUAUAAAAUAUGUUUUAAAGAUAUCCACGAUUACGGCAGAUUUAUGCCACGCAGUAUCACGCAAAUCGACUUACGGGUUGCUUAAGCUACGCCAGACGUCGAAUAAAUCUAAUGAGCUUUCACGCUCGACUCUGCGUAAAUAAUAACCACUAAAUCUUAAAUAAUAUACAAUGGUAGAUAAUGAAUAAAUCCUUUGUAUUUGUAUUUGUUUAUUUAUAUUAUAAGUAAUAAUAGUCCGAAUCCACCAAGUUGAAAUAUAAUUGACCACGUUUUCAAAUAAUGAUUUAAUACAAUUUGGGGUUCAAACUGAAAUUUAACAAAAACACAUUAAAAAAUCCGAAUAUAAAAUCCCAUUAAACAAAAAAUCGCAAACUAUGCUAUAGAAAAUGUAAGCAGAACUUUAACGUUAAGAAAAAAACCAAUUCCUAAUUUUUUAUGACAUGCGCCUACAAAAAAAUUAUUCAGAGAAUUAAUUGCUAAUUUUAAAUUAAUAAUUAUUAAACAAUUUUCGUAUUUACUUUUUUUUAUAACACAAAUUUUAAUAAAGCAUUACAAAAAAACAGAUAGACGCUAUAAUUUAAUUUACAUUUACUUAAUUGUAACAAUGCUCUGAUAAAAUAUUAAAUACCUACAUCGUUAAAAGUAUGAAAUACAAAAUAGUACCUGAAGCCUUGUAUGUCACAGCUGAAGUUUUGUGAAUUGGUCGAAGAUACACAAAGUUAUAUUGACUUAUAUUAAUAAUGUGUCCAUUUGAUUGAAAAAAAUAAUCAAGCUUGUUUAUAAAUAUCUCAAACAUGCCAGACAAAGUCCAGACGUGUUCGAACCGAGUAGGUACAUUAUUUUUCUUUUUUUAAAACAAAAUAUUAAUUAUAACUAUUGAAAUAAAAAAAGUAACAUAGAUACUGUUAAUAAAAGACAACCGCCAAUCAACAAUGGUGUUGUUGCCAUAAUGGUAAUGUACGGCAAACAUCUGUUUUACGGCUAAGGUGUUCUGCCAAUUAAUAUCGCUUCAAUAGAAAAACGACAUUAGACCUUCUUUGUUGAAUUUUUAAUUUAGUUCAUGAGUAAGCUGUUUGUUUUUAAAAUGAGUUUAAAAAAUUGGAGAAUUACGAAAAAUAAAAAUUGUCAAAUGUUAGGAUUCUUUUUUUUUAAAUUUGUACGGCUUAUAUUUUCUACUAAAAAUUUUGCUUCAAAAGAAAAACAACAAGAAAUCUAUUUUUCGUUGUAUUUUUAAUCUAGUUGGUGACCAAUAAAGUGUCCUUUAUUAGUAGGUAACAUUACUUACUUACUAUCUGACUGUAGAAUAUGACAAUAAUGGAAUAGUAAUGGGAAUUAUAAUAUUUAGGCAAUUUGCGAGGACUCCUGGGGGUUUUCUCAAAAAGAGUCCCACGGAGGACAGUUAUUUGCUACAACAUUGCUACAAAGGCUGUUUAAAUUUUUUAAAACAAAAUUGAUUUCCACAGGAGCGACUACAGUGUAUAAGAUCCGAAAAUUACGAGCAUACAAAAUAAUAAUAUACCUAAUAAAACCGUUUUUUAUUUUUUUUAUUUAUCGUUAUGAUAUUAUAAUAUAGCGCCGAUAAAUGUAGUUUGUUUCUUGAAUGGCGCCCAUAAUUCUGAAUCCAAUCGAGUUUUCUGGCGUUGCCAAAAUUUACUUGGAAAAGUAUCAAAUAACGUAGGUAUAUAAUAUAAUAUACUAUAAUAUAACAACUCUAUUAUCACGUGGUCUAUUAUUGUUUUUUUUCGAUCGCUUCCAUAAUAUAUUCGCGUUUGUGUCCGUAGGUAUUUCUCGUAGAAAUUUUCAACUCUAUUGUGUUACUUAACAUUAUAUUAUAUGAGCCAUUGGGGAGAAAAAAAAAUCGUAUUCGCAAUGUAAAGUUAAUGUAAUUCGAUUUUGAAUGUAACGCGUCUGAAAUUACACUCCACAACGACGUGUGGAAUCUAUAUGCGGCAAAUAACAUAAUAAUAAAAUAUUAUUAUAAUGUAUUACGGGUUCCUACAUGUGUACUAUUAUUAAUUUAUUUGUAAAAAAAAAAAAAAAAAGAUUAUUAUUUGUGUUAUUAGAUACAUAGUUAAGUAUUAAUAGUAUUAUUAUGUGUUCCCAUAAAAAUAAUCCAUCGAAACGCGUGCCCAACUAUUUACAUACGCAAGACAUAAUAAAAAAAAUGCUUGAAAAAUUGAAAAUUAUAUACGUAUGCGCCAAAUAAACCUGAUACUUACCUACACGUGUGGUUGUAAUAUUAUUAUAUUGUUGGGUUUUUUGUUUUGUUUCAGUUCUCGCGGUCUAUCGAGUCAGCGGAUCUAGUUCAAAAACCAUAGACCAGGUAAAAUAUAAUAAUAUUUUUGUAUUGUACCUUUAUAAUGAUUGUUUAUUAUUUCGUUACGCACAAAAUGGGUGUGCAAAUAUUCGUAUGUUAAUGCCCGAGUUAUAAUAAAAUUAUAUUAUUAUCAUAGAACGAAAAAUUGUGUACAAUAGUAUUGUAUUAUGUAUGUAGCGAGUGUAUAGGUUUUCAAUAAAAAAAAAAAAUAAUAAUAAUAAUAAUAAAUGACCCAAUAUAGUGACAAAUUAAAAUUUGUUAUGUCAUUGUGAAGUAUCCCAAAUGAUUAUCAGAUUCUGAGUGGAGCCAUUGGUUUCACGCUGUAUUGUGAUAUGUGUGAUAUGUUUUUUAUUCUUUCUCCGAAUAAGUUUUCGGCCAGAAAACUCGCUCCAAUCAAAAACUACCAAGGAGCUUUCUCGUAUCUAUCACUUUUCUGCAGUGCAAGUGCAACGAACAGACAUUUGUUUGAAAUUUCUUGUAUUUUUCCUGAUAAAGAAAGAGGGGGGGGAUAUAUAAAAAAAAGAACGUCGAGAAAACGUUUACGAUUGUGUUUUUUUUUUUGUAGUUUAACAAUAAAUUAACAGCUGUAGAACUGAAAUUUUCGCUGAAAACUAUGACGUAACCGUUUUUUAGUCGCGUAUCGCGUAUGCCUUUUUUAUUUUUAAUCGCGUAUUGCAGUAAUAGCCGUUUGAAAUUGGCGACUCUAGCAUUAGAUGUCUGCUUUUUUUUUUUACUUCAUAUUUCGAUAUUGAUAUUAUAAUUGUUUACCCGUGAACGUUGAUACGAUUAAACGCGGCUCGACGGCGAACAACCGCGUGAAAUAACGACGACAUCACGAAACAUAAACGGUUCGCGCUCGUAAUGACGGUAAUAACAUUACAGCGAUGUACCCCGAUUUCAAAUGUUACGUCGAAAAAAUCAAAAUAUGUUAUCGCGUCCCGGUUGUGAUAUGGGUGUAAUGAUAUUAUAGCGCGUGGCUCGGGCAACAUAAUAAUAUAUCGUACUCUAUUUGGAUAUAAUAACAAUAAUAAUAUCAACUCGGAGGAAUAAAAUGGGUUUUUUUUUUUUUUCGGUUCUUUAAUAACGUCCAUUGCAAUAAUAAUAUCGCGAGCAUAACCUACUUAACGACCACGCGGGUUAUAAAAGUUCUCGGCGCGUACAACACAACGUUCUCCGCGUACCCAAUGAUAAUAAUUCCACGAUAUACCUUCUCCGCAAUUAAAACACAUAAAUAAUAGUAUUCGAUUACUUCUCGUAUUUUUUUUUUUUUUUUUUUUUUGAUGUUGUUACAUAUCGUUUUAAUAUUGUAAUAUUCCUCCGGACACAACGCCUGUCGUAACGAAACAACUCGAUAAUAAUAAUUGACACAAUGCGCGGGACAAGCAAAGUUACGUUAUAUACUGCCUAAUAACAGUAUGCAAUACAGUACGAGUAUUUCGUUCAAGUCGAAUCGUUUACCCGAAGAAAACAUAAUAUCAUUUCUGUUAUGACGAUGUCGUAUCGCAGCCGCGUGUCGGUUCGAUCUGAUCCGACGGUCUAGUCCACGGUUAACAAUUCUAUUAUUUAUAAUAUAUGUGUGCUUUUUUUUAAAAAAAAAAAAAUAAUUUUGAACAACUUUUCUGCCAGAAAUCUUGUUCCGGUAUUAUAAACUUAGGGGUGGUUUCUAUACUAGGGCUACACAAUACUACAGAAUUAUCUUACCCUUUAGCUCAAUUAAUAUUAUAAAAUGUGACAUGGGUUAAAACUCAUCUAAAGGCUGAAACAAACUGUAGCUAUACCUAAUCUGAAUAAUACAAAAUACACAUAAGUUCGUUGAUGGGAAUUUUUAACCAUUGUUUUACAAGUAGAACGUUCGUGUUAUAUAAUUUGUGUACGUUAUUUUUAUUUUCGAUUGCAUAUACUUGUUUUUUUUUUUCCGUGGAGGAAACGAGGACACUAAAAACAUUACGUUUUUAAAAUCUUCUUAUGUAAACAAUAAAAAUAAUAAUAAUAAUAAUAAAUAAAUGUACCCAAGCUUUCAAAUGCAUUAGGUAGUAUUAAGUACGUAAUAAACAACAAUAAUAAAAAUACAUUAUAUUAAAAUAAUUUAAUAGUUUUUCGUCGAUGGACGUGCCUAUAUAGAAAAAAAAAACGAUACAAUAAUUUUUAAUUUUUUUAUUUAUUAAAUGUCCGUGUAGACACGUGUUAUGUAACUUAAAUUAUUUCGCUGAUCUACGCGAUGGGUUUAUAAAUACAUAUAUUUAUAUAGGUAUAUGUAUACAUUGUAUAAAAUGCAAAUUCGAAAUAAUAUCUCAGACCAUCACGGACGCGAUAUUUGAAUAAUUAUACGGGCGGGCGCCGGCUGGGUCAUAAAAAAAUUAAGAUUAAAAAAUAUUCAUACAGUAUUGUUUUUAACUGUUUAAAUACCGUAAAAGGAUGUUCCAUUAUAAUAAUAAAUAUCGACGAAUAACGCUGUAUAAUUCGUUUAGUGUCUUAUUUACUGGGAAGGAGGAAGAGGUGGCCUGAGGGCCCUGGACUCCCUCCCAUAGCCCCCAAAAAGUCAAAUGGGAUAAAUGUUUGUUAAAACACAUGGAGUUAAAUAAAUAAGUUGAUAGGCACCUAAGUAUAUAAUAUAUAAAUAUUAUACUUGCGAUAGAUGCGUACGAAAAACAGAUCCUUGUUAAAUUUGUUUGUACAAAGCCCUUGACCAUCAUAUAGUAAAAUCGAAGUUUUAUAAAGUUUGAUACAAUUUAUAAUGACGACAUAAAUCGUAUAAAACACUAAAAACUAAUGCUAAUACCCAUCUAACAAGAUAAUACAUAUUUUCUGCUAGUUUUAGAAUAAUUAAUUGCGUUAUCGUUUUGACUUCGAGAGACAUGACAAGUGAAAUGAACGCGUUCUAUUGUGUUUUUGUCUAAAUUAUCUGUACAGCGAAAUUAACGUUUUUCGUCUUCCGCGUAGGAAACCACUGCAAUAUGUUAAAAUUAAUAAUAAAAUUAAAAUAAUUAUUUACAGCGAAAUAUAUAAUACAAUAUUAGUAGCAUUACAUUUACAUAUAUACAUGAUCGAACCCCUUAAAAACAUGUCCAAGAUAUUUGAACCUUAUAAACUCGGGACAAUCUCCCCCUCUCAGCAAUAAAAAAUUGAAAAUACGUCACUGGGUCUGUAUGUCGUUAACUAGCGAUUACCUAUAUGAAGGUUUCGAGUAAAUUUGAGUUACUAUUUCAAAAUUAAAAAAUAUCGAAACGAGUUUAUGUUAUACGGAGUGAUGAUGAAAUUUUGAAAAUAUUGCGAACGAGGUAUAAUUAAACGGUUCUGUAACGGCUGAGACACGCCAACAAAAUCAAAUUUUCUCGAAAUCUCACCGCUUUAUGGUAAAAAAAUAAAUCACCCUGUAUACACGUGAAUUAUAUAAUAUACGACAAAGAAGUGUAUUUCGUGCCCUAACGAGAAAUCGAAUCCAACGUAUAUGUAUAUUACACGAAUGAUCAAUCAAUCGUGCGCAUUAUUUCUAUGUUAUUCGGUCGAAUACGAUUUUGGUUACAAAAGCUUUUUAUUAUUAUUAUCUAUUGUUUAUUUUUUUUAUAAUUAAAAAAGCGUAUUGGUACGUUAAAAAUAAUGAUACAAAUAAUAAUAAUAAUAAUAAUAGUAACAAUUGUUAUUGUUUAAACGUAACAAUAUUUACGUAUAGAACAACUCUGCUCUCUAGUAAUUAAAACAAUUUCACUGGAAAAAAAAAAAAAAAACUAUCUACUAUUAUAGAAAAUAUUUGAUAAUAUUAUAAUAUACCAGUUGGUUGUUGUUUUAAGGGCUAACGCAAUUAAACUGUAAAAUUCAACAGAAAACAUAAAUCAAAAAUCAGUAUGAAAUAUGUAAAAUUGGGAAAAGGCUAUUCGAAUAAUAAUAAUUUUAGCAACAGCGGCGUAUACAAGUCUUCUCAAUCAGAUGGGAGGGAGGGGAGAACUGUAAAAAAACUCAUCCAAAAUUACAUGUUUGUCUGUUAACGUUAAUGUCCUUUAAAAAUACACUGUACCCACUUAAGCGGUUUAAUAUAAAACAUGAAAAGAUGUAUAAAGGAAAAUCGCUACAAGUCUGCAAUCGUUGGUUUGAAAAUUACAAAACAAAUAAAAUAACAAAAUAUAAAAACCAUCAAUAAUUUUCAGAAAAAAAUACUGUCGACCCAAUACGGAUUUAUAUCCGCGGCUGAUAUAUUUAUGAACGUUAUGUUUUUACUAAAACGAAGAUUUUCAAAAAUACAUUCGACCGUUUACUCGAAAACAACUAUUUUGUAAACACGUUUGGAGCCCAGAAAACUGCGCAAUUACUCAGGCGUCAAUUCGCAUAACGCACAAUCACAUAUCUAAUAGGCGAAUAUCAAAGACCGUCUAUUGUACUCGUAUAAAUAAAUAGAUACGGCGUGAAUGUUGCACUGAUGAGCAGUUAGCCGCGACGAAUAAAAUAUGUUCUAAUUGUUCUAAAACUCGACGAUUCUCGUUCAUCGUACCCCACUGCCCGGGGCUUUUGCCAAUACACAAAACGUUAAAAAAACAAAACGCCCGCGUUCCUGAAUACGGUCUCCGGGUGAACGUUUGAACGACACGCCGACUUGCGGGUAGUAAAAGACCGCACGGCCGCGUGAUUUCGAGCGGAAGCGACGGUUCGAGUAGUGUUACGAGCGCCCGGAUCCAAGUUACGCGAGUCCGCAUUCGAACGGGAUAACGGGACCAACACGUUAUAGACUAGAACUGGACCGACGUAAACGGCGUGCGCGAAGCCGGUUUUCGAGCAAGGUUUUCUACCCGGCCGGCUUACAAUGGUAAUCAUCCGGGUUCGACGCGAACUAGAGCGGUUUAGCCGGUGCCGGGCAGUUUUCAGACAGUAAUCGAAAUCGCGUCAUCGCGGCGAUUACGCCGCGGACUGCGCGAGGCCCGCCGUAACCGUACGGCCGGAACGGACGCCGUUCGCGGGAGAAACGAAAUCGGGCCGUCUCCGAAAACCGAACGAGAACAUCUGCGUCGGUUCUGUUGGGGGCGCGUUUUAAUUGCGCGGUACCGCGGGCACACUCGGUCCGGGACGCGCGCGCCCCGCGAGGGACCCGGCGGCGCGCGACGGAUUUCGAGUUUUCGGACCGACGGCCGGGCGCCGGGCCGGAAAACCGGGUGGUGCGCGGCGCCAAAUUAAACGGCCGAGAAUCCGUACUCGGGCGACGGAUUGAACACCGUGCGGUCGGCGGCGCGUCAGUGCGGGUUUUUCUCGAGUCGAUCGCCCCGGUGACCGAAACGGUCGGGCGGGUAUGGGCGACCGGACACGGCGAUUGAGACGUUCGCUAGUUCGCAGACGGUAAACGCCCUUGGUUUUGUGUAUCGCGCCCGCGUCCACGUGCGGUGGAUAUCACAGCGUGCGUCACGCGGUCGCGGGGUUCGCGGCCGUUGUUGGUCACGCCGGCCGCGGUAUUAUACCCGGUAACCCGGUUGUUCGCGCGAAACCGGUAGGGACGCGUCGUCGGGGUUUUUUUUUUUUCCGCGUUCCUCAUUGUUUUCGUCUUAACGCGCCCGCGUUGUGCCGUUGCGCAACAGCCGCCGCGACCGGCGGUUCUCGAGAUUCGCCGGCGCCGAUAAACAACGCGAAAACAAUACGAACGCGCGGGACAAACGAACGGGGGAAAAAAAAUAAAAUAAUAAGAAGAAUAUCCUCGACGCUCCCGCGUGUUACCGGUACACGUACGCGCAUAACAACUCGUAAUGUAUUGUCGUGUCUGUACGACAUAAUAGGUCGGAGUGCGCGGUUUUUCUCUCUCUCUCUCUUUUUUUCAGCUGGCGUUUGCAAAUAAAACACGUUCGUCGGGCCGUUUUUUACUUCCUGUUGACCUACCGCGCCGACGAUUCUCGUUUCCGAUACGCGCGCGUCGACGUCGACCGUCGGAGACGAUUCCGCGAGACGACCGUCUCCGGGGCGCGGGCAGAGUUUAUCGGCGGUGACGAUCGUGCCCCCGCCUCGUGACAUCCGCGAAAGUUCAGAAACGCGCCGCCGCGGAAACCCGCGGCGGUGUCCCUCGUUCGAACUUUCUGAUCAAAAAAACAAUAAUCGUCACGCUAAAUUUACACGCAUAUCGAAUAACUAAACUUUUCAAUCACAACACGUGUGUUGAAAGGUUGUGUGUAUCACUGAUUUACAGCUAAAUAACCUCAUAUUUCUCGGGGUCGAUUCUAUCGGUAAGAGAAAUUCAAUUUAACGUUUCUCUCCGGACGUUUCUGGUCUUAUUCCUAUUUCCUCGGCGGUUCGGGCGCGUCAACCGUUCAAAAUAAUAAUAACUAUUUUGUAUUCUGAGAGAGGCGAGGAAUGGCAUAUUGGUUUUAUCGCGACGUGUUUUACACCAGAAAUCACGGUCCAAUCAAACGCCUUCUUGUACACAUUUUUUCACCUCGGUACAUUCAUUGGGGAGGCGAUCUUUUAACGAUAGUCGGCUCCGUUGUCGCAGCUUUCUCGUCGAAACUAUAAACGGAUUCGCGUAUAAUAACGUACGGACAAUCCGCUCGUUUCCUCGCACCCAGCCCACGGGCCGGUCACUUCCGGCGACGAAAAUAACGCUAUCUGAGCGAUUUUCAAGACUUCCGGAUAAAUAAUAAUCCGUAAAUCGACAGUAUUUACGAUAAUUAUAAUAAUUACAUUAAGAUAUCGUCUCCGAUCGCUGUUGUUUUCGUUUUAACCGUUCGGUGGGCGACACGAUCGUCACUAUUAUUGUAUUAGUUGGUGCGGUCUAACAGUAGUGGAGAGGCGCCGUUAACUUUUAUAAUAUUGUAUUCGGUCUUGACAAACUCCCACAGUUAUUAUUCUAUUGUUCGGUUAUCAGGUCCAGCUAUCGGACCACGAAAUUUUCCCAAACAUCCAUGAGCUCUACAUUCGAUUUCCGAAAUUUCGUCGGUUUUUCUCUACCGGUGCUUCAUUUUAAUUAUUUGAAGUAUCCUCAUUCAACUUGAUAUAUUAUGUUUAUGAAAAUUAACUGUAAAACUUCGUACACACAAUGUUAAGUCAAUUAAUUGUCAACCGACUAAAAAUGAAUAAGUAUACAAUAUUACAGUAUACGGGAAGUACGCAAUAUUAAAAAGAAAAAUUCGAAUGAAACCAGAAUAAACCUUCUGAAUGAAAACAUAAUACCAAGAUUUAUUUACUUUAACCGAUUAAAUUUUUAUUUUAGAAAAUGUAUUGUAAAUGAUACUUUUGAUGUAAAAAAAAAAAAAAAAGAAUAAAACCGAUUUAAGUUUUUACACAAAUACGUUAUUUCCUUAUAUUUAAAUAUUAUUUAUCGCAUAAUAAGAUAACAAGUUAAUACGAAUUAAACGGGAUUAACGUAAGUACCUAUAUUUACUAUUAAACCGUUCACCGUUUGCUUCGAGGUUUAAAUUCAAUUAUAAAUAAAAAAAAAAAAAUAACGUUAAACUUAUCAUCAUCAUACGUGUUUAAACAAUUAGUUAUACAUUAUAAUUUCUAGAAAUUACACAGUUAUCAAAUAUUAUAGCGAUAUUUGAGAACGAAGUCUAUAAAAAAAAAGUUACAUAACAUAUUAUUAUAGUUUUUUUUUUUUUUUUUUACUUGUAAUCGGAGUAUACGCGAGUAUAUAGGCACCUACCUACUGUAAUUUAAUUUCUACUCGGACAAUACUAGAAAUCUUUUCGUCGGAUUAUAAAAAAAAAAAAAUAUAUUAAAUGGAAAAAAAAAAACAAACGGUCUGGUGAAAUUUACUCGAAGCUAUCGCGUAUACCUAAAUCGCCGACUACCUAUUAAAAGUAUACAGUUAGGUACGUGAAUAAUGAACAGUGAUUGUGCACUUAGAAAACGCAGAAAAAAUAUUACCCGCUGUUUAUUCAUCCUACUUAAUUUUCCAUGUAAACAAUCGUAUUAUCUAUUGAUUUUACUAUAUAGCGUGUGCUGCUUUUAGUUUCUGAGCGUAAUAUAUCGGUUUUACUGCUGUGUGUGUUUUUUUUUUUUUUUUUUUUUUUUUUUAAAUACUUUUCUACCAGAAAUCUUGUUCCAAUAAAAAAAAAAACAAAAUCGCUUUUUUGUAGCAUUUUAGAACUAGUUUAUGGUAGGGUGAGGAAUACAUUUUUUUAAUUUUUCUUGUAGCAUAAUAAUUGCGAAACCCGGCAAAAAAUAUGUGAAAGUUUAGGGAUAUAACUGUUUCAUUAUUUUCGACAUUGUUUUUUUGUUGUAAUUCACUUAACCAUUGUUGGUGCCUACGAUUUCCAAAGAAUACUUAUAUUAGCCUAUUUUAAACGUGGCGAAAUUUUCAAAACAUUUUGAUGAUUUUUGAGCUAUUUACAGGCAUAUAAAAUUGUCUAGAUUUUAGUUUUUAUUUGAAUAAAAUUGCUUUUGUCAAGCCGAAAUACCUAAAAUAUUAUUAUUUGUUUGUUUUUAGUUUUAGGUACUUGAUGGUAAAAAAAAAAAAAUUGAGCGUAAUGUACUACUUGUAUUUUUAUUAUUUUAUUUUUUUAUGAUUAUUUAAAUUUCAAAUUUGACGAAAAUUCCCGGCAUUUCUAAACACGUUUAUCAAUCUUCUUUCAUAAUCAUUUUCAUAUCUGUAAACAAGUAUUUAUACAGAACAAUAUUCAUUCGUCGGAUUAAAAACUUCCCCAGAGCUUUCUCUUAUAGAAUUUUAAAUAUAUAGAUGCUAGAUUAAAAAAGUCGUUUUUUUUUUUUAAUUACUUAUUAACAGAGUAAAACUUUCAAAAAUACCUACGCGAAAAUGAUAUUAUUUUAUGAAACGUCAAUUUAUAUUAAAAUUGAUUUUUUAAUUAUAAUUCUAUUAUAUUAACGUUUUCAACACACAAUAUUAUUUGCAAAAUAUGUCGACUUCGAUUUUUAUGGAUGAGAUUGUCUUGGCCGCGUAUAAAUACUGGAAAUUGAUCUUACUGUAGGUAGCAAUAAAAUAAAAGAGUUCACUUUAAAAUUUACCAACAAAUUGUUCCACUUCCACUCAGAAUAGUGUUUUGUUUGCGAAUAUUUAUUGUGUUUAUAGUUUCUUAAUUUAACGUUUGAACUGAACUUGAUCACUCAAUAUCAUGCAACUACUAAUUUUUCAGUUAUAAACAUCGCAUUUCCUCGCUCCGUCUAAAAGUGUCGAUACACGAACAUUGGAAAAUUUGGCCCUAUCGAACUCGAGUAAACAAUGUGAUACAGUUUAGUAAAUAAAAACGAAUUUAAAUACACCUUUUUUUCUUUUUUUUUUUUUUUUUUAUAGCUACGUUAAUCUAAUCAUGUUAUGUCCGUUUACUGAAACAGUCUCGCAUAGCCGAACAUCGCGGUGAACAAAACGCAAUAUAUUAUUUUCAUUGUUACGUUUUAGAAACAAUCAACUAUUAACAAAUUUGAAUAUAUAAUACAUCCGUGCGCAGAACGGAUCGGGAAUAUGUUAUUAUUAUUGUUUAUAACCGCGCGUAGGAUGAAAUAUACGGACGUGCGAUACGAUCGUCUUUUUUUCAUAAACUAAAAGAAACCGCAUAAUUUAACUCGUACCGAGCGACGGCGGUGUUGCCGUCGCGGGGCUCUGCGAAGACGAACUUUCAAUUAUCUAGAUAAAGAUAAGAGAUAACUGCUCGAAUAGUUAUCCAGACGAAAACAAAAUUUAUGCGUAAUAACAAUAUUUGAUUGCCGUGAUAAACAUGUAAAUACUCAUCGUGUAAUCUGGAUAACAAAUAAUAAUCAUAAUACAAAAACCAUAAGUUUUUCGUUACUUGUCACAAAACCGGGUGAACAUCGUUUGUUACGCGUCCAGAUUUCGCGUGAAAGUUAUGCGAUUUAACUAACGACAACUCGUUUGACCAUAUUAAUACAUCGAGUUAUAUGUUUUAGUGCAUCGAUUUAAAACAGUUAUCAAUACGGUUCAAUUAAUUUUGUUAGAUAACGGUUCAAACAACUUGUGUUUCGUUCAGACAAGAAAAAAGAUAAAUACUGUACGUAUCUUGUUGAACUCGUCCGGAUGAAAUACAUCGUCGGUUAUUACCGUCAGUGAUGUACAGAGAUAAAUUUUAAAUUAUCCAGAUAAAUAUAAGAGAUAAUUUCUAGAAUAGUUGGUCUUGUAACGGUUCGCUCACCUAGACAUUGAUGAAUAUAUUCAUCGUCUAAUCUAGAUAUUAAAUGUAAUCUAAAUCUAGAUGGUAAGAAAAAAAAAAAAUCUAAUUUUUCAUUAAUUAUUAUCGUACCGUAAGCGUCAUAAGUGCCCGAACAUACGCGUCUUGGUUUCAAAAAGGUCCUGUACAAUCGGCGCGAUUUAAUUAAAUUUAAAAAUCAAAAUACGUUGCUUGCCAAUUAAUAUGUCGGACUUGAACAAAUUUCAUCCAGUUGACGCGAUUAUUAAUCAUUUCGGACUCUAUCGGAUAACGCAAUAGAUAUACACUUACGGUAUCUACGGUAUCUGCGCCCGUACCGCACGCCUAUUCAGUGGCGUGGCGAUAGGAUGGCAUGCACGGGCAAUGAGCCGCGGGCCCGUGACAUUUAGGUUGCCCCGAAUCGGGACCCGUGGUAUUAUUAUUGGACGAGUGACGGUCUUUUUCGAACGACCUUUUUUUUUUGUUUAUUUUUCCAAUCGGCCUUUACAUAAUGUUUCGCCGCGGGCAUGAGAAGUUCCAUUUACGCCACUGCGCCCCCCCCCCGUCUGUGGACAAAACGCUACGCGCCGGUAUUGCGUAUCCGUUAUUGUAAUAUUGUACUUUUCCGGCGGUACUCAAAACGAAUCCUAUCGCGUUGUAACACGAUAAUAUUUUGCUAUUGAUUGUGAUAACCGACGAAUCGCGAACGCGUCCGACACGCCGUAAUCGUAUUUACGUUAUUUGUUUGUUGUUGUUUUACUACACACGUCGGUAUUUCGAACGUCGAGGACGACUACCCGAGUUACUCGCCCGCGUACCGAUGAUAUUUUAUAAUAAUAAUAUAUCAUAACAGUCGCGUAUCAUCGUCGUGUUGUAUAGGUUCGCGGAUCAGAGCCGAGUAAAAGUUCACCGGAUGAUAAUAAAUGUAUGUAUAUAUAUAACAUCGCGAGUAGCGGCGCAGACGUUCGUGCGAGGUCUCCUCUUAAUGUUAUUAUUAUUUAUUUAUUUAUUUUUUAUUUUUAUUUUUUUUUUUUUUUCAACAAACUCGGUUCCCAUCGAUGUUUUUUUUUUUUUUUACCUUCUCCCGCGGACGAGCUGAAGAAAUAUCGGUUUGUCGUGACUGAGCGACCACCUCGCGGCACGAAACCGUCCCAAAACGGUCCGCGAUGUCGAUUCCCCGAGUCCCGUGGUUCCCUCCUACGCCCCAGCUGGCCUUCUCAUUCUAACCCCGCGACCAAUUAAAUGGUUUUUUUUUUUUUCGCUCUCUAUCGCCGCGCGUUACAAACGCGACGACACCGGUGUGCACGUAGCGAAAUAUUAAUAAUAUUGUGACUGAUGACCGUACGCGUCCCGGUCGAAACAUAGACACUUAUUAUAAUAUAUUAUUAUUUUUAUUACUAAAUACACGCGUUUUAGGUCAAAUUGCCAAUACCGACCAGAGAGAGCCUACCGCAGGUGGCCGAAGUGUUGAGGGCGGCCGCUUACUUGGAAGACAGCGAUGAAGUGGACAAAAAUUUCCAAGGGCAGCGAAACAGUUACAAGAGGUUGCCCAGGAAGUUGGGAUCCGAAAAUCCGCAAACGAACUCGGAACUACAAGAGUAUCAAGGUAUUAUUAUUAUUAUUAUUAUUGCCAUCACUGUCAUUGUCAUUAUCCGUAAGUGGACAAACGUAUUUUUUUACGAUUGCCGUUUAUUCCGCCAUGGUAUCACUAGAGCGGAUAAUGAAAAUUAUACGCCGUGCAAUAAUGUCGUGCAAAUACGCACGCAUUACGCGAUUUUUAUAGACGUUAAUUUAGCCUGAUUCGUUUUAUUUUUUUUUUUUAUUUCUAGGUGUAAUGGGUCGACCCGGCGUUGACUUUCCAAUACUGCCUUCUAUACCCCGCACCGAUUUCAGCUGUAAGAAAAUGAAAAAAUCCGGUUACUACGCGGAUCCCGAAACCGACUGUCAAGUACGUAGCGGAACGUAAUCAAAUUUCGAUAAAUUAAAACUGUGUCGAAAGGACACGUCAUGUUCAAUUUUUAAAAAAAGACAGAAAAACCCGUUGAGCACCUAGAGUUUUACAAUGUUUCAUAUGCCUUCGUAUGUUUCAAUGCUGCAGAAACGUAUAGAUGAUAAUAUCUAACACUAUAAAAUUAAUAAUUAAUACGACAUUCGUGUUUCGACACACGUCGAUUUCACGUAUUGGAUCGACAUUGGGAUAUGAACAUAGUCGGCUCGAGCAAGUCAAAUUAAUAAACGUAGGACGAAUUACGCGGAGGGGAAUACCGAAAAAUAGAUGGUUAGAUGCGAUCGAGAAUGAUGUUAGCAAAGCUGGUGUAUGCAAGGUGGGAGAUUGGGUUGAGUGGAAAUUCACGACGAGGAUUGCACCGACCCCGUAUAAUUGGGACGAAAGCGAAGGAGGAGGAAUCAAAUAAAAUAAUCGAACAACACCUCCAUUUAAAAAUUAAAAGUUAACCAGUCUAAUUUCACGUCGAAUCUAACUUUUAAAUUAUUUUUUGUGCACAGGUGUUCCACAUUUGUGACAACGGUAUGAAAGUUUCGUUUUUGUGUCCGAACGGUACCGUCUUCCGUCAAUCUCAUUUGAUUUGCGACUGGUGGUUCCGAGUUGACUGCGAAAGAUCUAUCGAAAUGUACGAGGAGAGCGCGGAACAGUUGGCGACCGAUCAGAGGGCUUUCAAAGAGCGGACCGAGGCUUUGGCAAAAGCCAUGCUAAAGGUACAGACUACGACGACGCAGAGCAUUACCGAUCGCGUUGUAACGGACCGUUCGUUCGGGCCGAGCACGACCGUUUUCAAUUCCGAAAGCCGACUACCAGAUCGCGCCCGAUAUUUCAGCGACUAUUCGGCCGGCGAAAAUCAAGUACCGGCCGAGACCGGUUCGUUUGUCGGGAAUCGAUUCCCGUCGAAUUUCAAUAAUAACUAUUAUACCCAAUCCAAAUCGCCCGUAGGAAACUGGGACCAGACCGCCAACAUCCAAUCUGCUGCAGGUAACAAUAAUAACAACAACAAUUAUUAUCAAACGCAAUCGUCGACGACCGCUCAACCGACCUGGAACCAGGCGGCCAACAACAACAACAACAACAACUAUCAAGGUGGCUCUAAUCUUCAGGCACAGUCUUCGACGACCGCGCAGCCCGCCUGGAACCAGGCCACCGCCGAUCGCAAUAAUAAUAACUACAAUAACAACUAUUAUAGUUAUCAAAGCGGUUCUAACCAGGGACAAUCGUUGACGACCGCGCAGCCGACUUGGAAUCAGGUCGCGGUCGAUAUCAAUAAUAAUUAUCAAAGCGGUUUUAACCAAGCGCCGUCCACGACGUCUGCGCCGCAACCGAGUUGGAACCAGGCGGCCGCGGUCAAUAGCAAUAACAAUAAUUAUUAUCAGAGCGGUUCUUACCAAGCGCCGUCCACGACGUCUGCGCCGCAACCGAGUUGGAACCAGGCGGCCGCGGUCAAUAGCAAUAACAAUAAUUAUUAUCAGAGCGGUUCUUACCAAGCGCCGUCCACGACGUCUGCGCCGCAACCGAGUUGGAACCAGGCGGCCACAGCCAAUAACAAUAAUUAUUAUCAGAGCGGUUCUUACCGGGCACAGUCCACGACGCCCGCGGCGCAGCCGACUUGGAAUCAGGCCGCCGUCGGUAACAAUUAUUACCAAAGCGGGUCUUAUCAGUCCACGACCACCGCGCGACCAGUGUCCGGUGUCCAGAACGUCAACAGUUUCAAUUCCGAUUACCAAUCGCAAUACGCGCGGCCGAGCGCCCAAAACCAAGUCGACGCGUCCGGUUCGCAGGCAGUUUAUCAGCCGCAACCCACGGCCGCCGUGCCGCAGCCGGACCCGGACCAGGCUAACAAUCGCAAUAACGACAACGACAACAAUUACCAACCGGGUAACAGUAACAAGAACAUCGAUUACCAAACGUCGCCCACAACGGUGGCCGCCGGUGGAAAUCCCUGGAACAGCCAUCAGGGUACCGACGGCGAUUUCCAAACCGAAGUAACGUCUUAUCAAACCUCGCCGACGACGACGCUGGACGUGACGGCGGACGGCCAGAGCGCCAAUAACAACAAUAACAACAAUUACGGCGGCGCUACGAAUUACCCGAAACCGGCGAAAACUACCGCGGCGCAAGUGAACGGCUGGAGUCAUCAGGCCGUGAACGACUUGACGCUGUCCACCGACGACCACCAAUCGCCGACCGCGGUAACCACGGUACAACCCGACUGGAAUCCACAAGACGCCGCGGGCAUUACGGCCGUUAAUGGCGACCAACAGCCGCAACAGCUGCAGUCCCGACAACCGUACAGCCAACGGCCGACCGCGUCAACGUUCCCCGCGGCCGAAAACGAUAAACAAAACGCGCCGGCCAGAGAGAGCCAAGUGCCCGCCGAAUCCGCUUCGUUCGUAGGCCACAACAACGCGCCGCUGUACGGUUUCAACCUGCCGAACGAUUAUUACCGUACGCUGGUGCCGCAGACGAAUCCGCCGGCGACCACGUACCCGGCGACCGGUUCGUAUACGAACGACCACCCGGACGGCGCCUUUUCUUACAUCGAAUACAACCAAGACAUCUCCACCACCGUCGGCGACGCGGUGACGACCACGCGGGAACCGCCGACGACCACGGCGUUCGAUUAUACCGGCAGCGGCCGUGACGAUAAUUCCACGCUGCCGCCGUCCGGAGAGACGUUAAUCCCGAACAUGAUAAACUCGCUGCAGACGUUCCACGCGGACAACAAUAACAACGCGCUGUACGACACGUUCGACACCUCGCCAACGAACGCCGACGACGAUUCCGAUUCGGUCGCGCUGUAUUUCAAUCGUCUGAACGAUCCGCAAGACGAUCGCGCGGUCACUACCGUCGCCAGCGAUUUGCAGUUCAACGGCUAUUUCGAACAGACGUCCAGGGCGUACACCAACGGCAUUAGCCCGUUCUCCGGUACCAGAUCCGCAGAAACCACUACGCCGGCAGUCGCCGUCGCCGCCGUGGUCCCGAGUAAAGGCUUGCACAUACCCGCCGUGUUGACGCACAACACGAAACAGGCGUACGACAAACUCUUCACGAACGACACUAAAAGGGAAUCGACGACGGCGACCGCGACGACCGCCACCGCCGUCGCCGCGGGCCAACCGGCCGCGGAUGUCGGCAGUAAAGGCGCCGCGCCGAAACCGGGCGACACGGCGAACCUCGGGCUCGCGCUCAGUUUUAACCAUUCGUCGGCGGAACUGAGGGAACUGGCCGCGGUGUUUACGCGAGCGCUGACCGCGUACCUGGACGACCCGGAAAACUUCCGCAAAAUACUGGCCGAGGUGCGGCCCACCGAACCGCCGGGCCCCAAGACCGGCGGCGGCGCGGCCGACGAACAAGAAGUGUUGGAUUUCUCGGACGAUCCGAAAGGCGGUUACCGGAGCACUCGCAAGCCGACGACGGCGGCGUCGGGUACGCCGGACACCGACGGCGGCGUGCCGCAGAACGUCAACGCCCUGGCCGACCUGUCCACGACCAUUCCGCAUUACACCACGUCGCCGUUAAUAGAUAUAACGUCGAAAUUCACCGAAGCGCCGAACGCGGCGCCGGGUCUCCGGGAGUACGCGCCGCUCGCGGACGGCGAACAGCUGCAAACGGCCGGCAGCCACUCGUUCUACUCGAGCAGGGACAACAGCGUCGAGACGCCGUCGAAAACCGUCAGGCCGCCGCCGCCGCUGCUGCCGACCUCCACUCUGACGUGGACCGUGUCUCCGAUAAUCGACACCGACGGGGAUACCAAAGCUACCACCCCGCAGUUGCCGCCCGUUUACUUCACCACCGCCGCGGCCGCUGAGGACGCGGAGACCACUGCGAUCGUGCAGAAGGCCAAAGAGAUGUUCAGCCAGCUGAACGAGUCGGACGCGAGCAUAUUGAUGAACGUCAUGAAAACGUCUCAUGCCAACGACACGGUCAAAAGGUAUUGAAAUUAAAUGCGUAAAAAAAAAAAAAAAAAGCAUCCGGUACCGCUGGUAGGUGCGCCGCUGUUUAAGGUGGCUAGUCGGUGGACAGGGCGUUGGCCAACUAAAUACGCAUUUCGGCAGAGUCUAUUGAGUCGUAUUCGUUCCCCCCUCGUUACCCGGAUAUGAACAAAAGUCAUACGGGAAUUCGCCGGUUUUCCCCUUUUACCGGUGCAGUAGAUAACGGGACGUAUUCCGGAUAGAGCCCGGCCCGUUCGAUUUCCUCGAAACCGAUCUGCCUAAAUGAAAAUACAAAUAAAUUGUUCGAAAUCAUAAUUCCGGUUGUGUGCCGUAUAAAGCAAUACAGACGCGUAAACAGUUAGUCCGGAUAAAUGCGAACACCGCACAGUCGACUACAUCGAUCAUAAAUCCUUUCCACCGGCCGGGCACGGAUCCGGGGAGGGGCCCAGGGGCCCGGGCCUCCCCGGACAUGUUAUUUCUCCGAUUCUCAUAAUUCCGUUGAUCCCGAUUUUACCGUGUUCCAAUCGCUGAUACGCACGAUAAAAUAAUAUCCGUAAUACGUAUUAUACUGUAGUUUGAUUGUAUUUGUGUUGCUGAAAAACCGUCGCCCCACACCCAGAUCUCUGCUCUAGAUCCGUGCCUGCCUUCGGCUCCAUUCGAUUUCACGCGCGCCCGUCCACGAGCGCGGUUAUCUUUUCGGCUAUUCGUCAUAAUUUCCCGGGUCUUUGUUCGCGUUUUGUUGAACAUUUCACACAAGUCCGAAAACUUGUACGCGAUACGCACGGUACGCAGUCGAAGGCUAUUUUAAACGGUAACCGGUGUUUUGUACAGGUUGGUCUUGCUGUUGGUCAACGAUCCGAACAAGGAAAACAGCCCGGAGCAGACGCGGCACAACAUUAUCGAAGCGCUGCUGGACAACCGGGGCAGUACCGCGGCGGACCAAGCGUACGAGUCGUCGUCGCCGACGUCCGCGUUCCCGCCGGCCCCGCCGGGAAUCCCGUUCGGCCAGAGAAUCCACGAAGACGGUACGCCGAUCGGCGCGUCGGAAGGCGAACAGCACAAGAAAUCGAGAAAGGGCGUCCGGAGGCGGGUGCACGUGCAAAGGAGCCGGCAGGUGACCGCCGCGGCGAUGACGACGCCGGCGGCCGCGUCGAACGCGUGGCACGGCGCGAACGACGUCGGCCCGGGGCUGAGCGCCGAUUCCGACGCCCGGGCGGUGGAACUCCUCAAGUCCCUGUACUCGAUCGCGUCCAAAUGGUCGUAG